UCCAUUAUUCCCUCUGAGGGACAUUAUCUUAGUAUAAAUAAUGAGUAGGAUCCACAUAAGUUCUUAUGAUGACCCUGUAAUAAUCAACAUUUUCAACCUAUUGGGAUAUACCAUUGUCUUAUUCCAUGUCAUGCUUGCAGACCCAUCUGCAUAUGAUCUUCCAGUCAUACUAUGGUGGUGGAGAAAUGUAUACCCGCAUGAAGAUUCAUCCUCUUUAAAGUAUAUUGACUGUGGGGAGUAUUCCAAGUGCUUGUCAGCUUCAGAUCGGUCUUACCUGGAUGAUUCAAGAACUAAAGGAAUAAUAUUUUAUGGUACGAGAGUAAAACCGUAUGAUUUGCCUUUACCAAGGAAAUCUGAGCAUACGUGGAAUUUAAUUCACGAGGAGUCUCCCAUGAAUAAUUAUCUGUUAUCACACGUGGAAUUCAUUGAGCUAUUUAACUUUACUGCAACAUUUAGAAGAGAGUCAGACUAUCCAUUGACCACUCAGAAUAUCUACUCUAUGGGUUACUUAACAGACAGAAACCCUGUGCCUAUCAGGGAGAAAAACAGGAAAAUUAAAGAAAAUGGCUAUGCCCCAGUUUUAUAUGUACAGUCGCAUGCAGAUGUUGCAUCUGAUAGAGAUACGUAUGUUCAGGAGCUGAUGAAAUACAUAAAGGUUGAUUCCUAUGGGAAAUGUCUUCACAACAAAGAUCUUCCAGAAUCUAUGAAAAAAGCCGAUGAUUCAUAUGAGGAUGAAAUAUUCUUGGAUUUUAUUUCUUACUACAAAUUUCACAUUUCCUUUGAAAAUGCUAUUUGUAGGGAUUAUAUGACAGAGAAAUUAAUGCGAGCAUUGCACUUGGGUUCUGUUCCUGUUUAUAUGGGGUCACCUGAUGUUCGAGAUUGGGAGCCAAAUAACAGAAGUAUUAUACUGGCCCAAGAUUUUGAUUCACCUGGAGAACUGGCAAAGUAUUUGCAAUUCUUGAAUGAAAAUGAUAAGGAGUAUGAAAAGUUCUUAGGCCAUAAAAAAUCGGGAGGGAUAACAAAUUCCUUUCUGAAAAUUAACUUGCAGGAGCGUAGUUGGCACACACAUCCAUCAGGAUCUAGUGAAAGGAAUGAUUUUAACAUUUUUGUGGGAUUUGAAUGCUUUGUUUGUGAAAAGCUACAUCAACAUUAUUUGGAUUACAAACUUGGUGGAGACAAUUUUUCAAAGAUCACAUUUUCACACAGAGCCAACGAUUCACACAUGGGAUGUCCAGAGCCACAAAAAGUCUCACUGUCAAAUUCUGAGUCAAGUGGAGGGUCUACUGACUUCGUCUGGACUAGAACAUAUCAUCAACAGAAAGUCAUUGCCACUGCAGCACGGCAUAUGGUGGAGUCUGGGGAAACACAGUCCAACAUGUUUAGUGAAUUUAAUCCUAUUUAUGGUCCAAGACGGCACUAAACGCCCAAACUGUAAGAUUUACCAACGCCAGGAAUUAGAUGCCUCGCAGUUGGACUGGGGUUAGAUAAGGGAUCAUUCUCUAUUUUCUCGGGUACGUGAGGUGAUUAACUACAAUGUAAAUAGUGUUAAUUAUAGGGAUGCACACAUUGUCACGUUUUUCAUCUUAAUAAGUUAAUCACCCGCUGUUAUACAUAUAUUUAGUAUCACGUUGUCCGCUGUAGUUAAUUAUCCCCACUUACACAACAAAGUAGGCAGUGAUUCCUUAAUAAUAUAUCUAUAUUUGAAGCAAACAUGAAAAUAUAAAAUCGACAAACUAAAAAUACUGCAUAUCCAUGUUAAUUUCUGUAGUCCUCUUCCACUGACCUUUCAAAAUUUUGCCCGAACUAAGAAAUUUACAUCCAGUUGAAAUUAGGGACCGGUCAAUAUAUACACUGUAAAUUUAUUGGGGA